GAUGCCCAGUUUCAUGAAUCUCAUUGUUUGGACGACCUUGUCGCUAUGGCAACAGGCGACGUCCCUCGAGCAGUGCGACUUAGAAAGGGAUCAAGGUGAGAAUAUUCUAGCAAAUCACGUGAUCGAGCGGAUCGAGGGCUCCACCAGAGCACUUUGCUGGAUGGCGUGUGACGCUAAGACACAGUGCCACAGCAUCAACUUUUUCCUAAAUACGAAGACUUGUGAGCUGAAUAACGUCACGCAUCUUAGUCAUCCGGAGGACAUGGUGAAGGACGUUCCAGGAGGAAGCUAUAUGCUUUACCCGCUUCAUCCUUUGUUCAACUGCAGCAACAAGCUGUGUAAGAAGAAAGAAAGAUGCGAGGUUGAUCCUAACGGCUCCACCAUCAAAUGCAUUCCAGUUGACUGUGCGCUUUUCUUCCCGAAUGGAGGCGAGGACGAUUACGUCAUUGUAAAUGGGACACUUCUUACUAUGACGUCAUUCACCGUUUCCUUUUGGGUAAAAGUACCAAGUGGGAUUUCCACCAUGUUUACGGCCUUUUCUUAUGUCAAUGAGAAUAAAGAUGUACUAGGCGCCAGAGUCGACAUCAAUAAAGAAUUCAGGCUCUAUUAUUUUAACGGGAUGACUAUUGACUGGACUGGUGGCGCCCCCUUCGACCAAUGGCAACACCACUGCUUCACUGUGGCAGUUUUAUAUCGUGCAAAAUGGAUAACCUAUAUGGAACCUUAUCUCAAUGGAAAUUCACUUGAUGAUUUCACUACCAUGGGUUCCAGAGGCUUGUCGCCCCCAGGCCUCAGAUAAUAGACCGAGCGGUACGUUCCGACAAGCGCAUGUCGCUGCGCGACCUUUCGUCGGCAUUAACCUGUCGCCCGACCUCCCUUCGGCUUUCGCUCGUCGCCUUUCGGGGUCUUCAGCGAUGCCAGAACCUCUGGAACCCAAUGUACAGCCUUUGUUUCGGCCCUGGGAUAUUAGAGAAGGGAGGUAGUUGGGGUCCGUUAUCUUAAAUUAUGUCCGUGUUAUUAUGAAGUAGAUGAAUGUUAGCAAUAUACACCUAUUUAAAUAAUGUUGCACUCGAGAAACCAUGUGUCGUAGUUCUUGGGUUCUUGGGUAGCGUAUAAAUGGCUUAAUCCUUGUAUCUGCAAGCCAUGUGAAUGUUCCUAAGAAUGUAAACAAGGAUUCUACAGCUUUUAAAAACUAGAACUGUAUUUUAUUUACAUUAUUUGCUUGUUUACUUGAUACCCAUGAAACACUGCAGGCUACGAUACACAGAUUCUCCAAAGAAGUGCAACCUUAUUUGAAAUAGAUGUAUGCUAAAAGCUCUUUUACGUGUCAUUAUACGGAGUUCUAAGUUUCUGUAACAAAAUCUACAAUGAUGAGGGUGGUCAAGCGCGGUUUACACUGGCGAUAUAACGACAUAGGCGCGUUCUGUUUUGUGUUCUGAUGUUCAAUUGUGUGCAUCCGCGACAUAACAUCGACAUUUUUAUACACAUUACAUGUUUAUUGACAUAUUUAACUUUUGUAUAACGACAUAAGAGUAAAAACAUUACUUCUCUCUUAUGUCGUUAUGUCGCCAGUGAUUACCACGCUAAAAAGAGUCAUCUGCUCAUAAAUCUUCGGAGUAGUAUUGAGAUCAUUUUAAUUCUUUUAUAUAGCAUGAUAAACGACAGUAUGUAACUAGAAAUUACUUGAAAUAAAAUUCUCCGAUUGGGGAAAAAAAUUGU